CUCGGCGAUAUAAAUAUGAGCUUCAGCGUUUCCUUCAUCAUAAGUUUCUCAGUCGCUGAACUAGUAACUUUACCUCCGCUCUUACAAUCAACCACUAAAAUCAUCACCAUGUUCAAGUUGAUCGUCGCUUUGUUCGCCAUGGUCGCCACCGCGUCCGCCGGAGGCUACGGAGGCUACGGAGGUUACUCUGGCUACGGAGGUAGUUACGGAGGUAGUUACGGAGGUCUUGGCUACUCCGGCUACGGAGGCCUGGGCUACUCUGGCUACGGAGGACUCGGCUACUCAGGCUAUGGAGGUUACGGAGGUUACGGAAGCUACGGUGGAAUCGGACACGCCGCCGUUGUGCCAUACUCCGGGUACGGUGGAUACCGUAGCGGUUACUCAGGUAUUGGUGGAUUUGGUGGAUUUGGACACGGAUACUCCUCCUACCCGUCUUACGGUGGCUACGCUGGAUACGGUGGAUUCGGUCACGGUUACUCUGGAUACGGUGCCCACGGACUCCUCAAGAAAUAAAUUAUCUCGUCUCUCCUAAAGUUCCUGUGAUAAGUUACCAGCUCAAAAUUCUUAGGUUCUGCUCGUUCACUGCCAGCCUUUUAAGUGCAAUAAAUUAUUAGUAAAUUGUUAUGUAUUUUUUCACUCCAUAAAUAUUUUGUUGUUCGCAUUUUGUUCCGAAAUGUUACGAAUUUAAACAAAAUAAAAUAAGUUAAUUCCUUCUGUUGAA